CCGAAGGAUCUCACCAAAAUACAGCAAUGCAACUUGCACAAUCUUCCUGAGAACUACCACAUGAAAUAUUGGGCCUACUCCUUUAUAACUUGGCCAGAAGUCUCGUAUCUUGCAGAGGACAGCAGUGGCCGCGUAGUAGGCUAUGUACUCUCGUCGAUGUGGGUGAAGCCAGAUGAACAAUUCCCUUGGUUGCAAGUCGGUCAUGUCAACUCUUUAUCCGUACUCCGAACAUAUCGUAGGCUAGGUCUUGCGAAGCGAUUAAUGCUGCUUUCGCAAAAGGCCAUGAUCGAUUCAUACAACAUAGAGUACAUCCAGCUUCACGUACGCAAGUCUAAUCGAGCUGCCUUCACUCUGUACCGCGAUAAACUUGGCUUUCAAAUUCACAGGAAAGAGGUCGGAUACUAUGGUGAUGGUGAAGAUGCAUACUCAAUGAGGAUCGUCUUGAAACCA